AUGAAAAUUAUUUUCAAAGUACUUUUUUUUACUUCCAUAAUUUAUUUUUCUUAUGCUCGAUAUCUGGGUUCAUGGAGCACUACAACGGAUAAAUCACUUGUAAACGAAUGUUUAAAGAAAUCUCUUCGUCGUAUAAGUGCUAUGCAAAAUAAUGAAAUUUCAGAAACACAAGUAUCGAAUAUCGUUAGUAGAACACAAUUAGUUAACGGACUUAAUAUUGAAUUAUAUUUCAAUAUCGGACAACAAAAAUGGAAAUGUACUUUUUAUAAACCACUUGUUGAAACACUUGGUAUACAAUAUAACAAAUGUGUUGAGACUGAUGAUGAAGUUCCAUCGGAAGAAAGUUCAAACAAACAAUCACUUUCAGAAAAUAAUAAUGCUGUUGAUGGUGCUAAAGAAGACGAUGCUGAUGAGGAAGCGAGAAUUGACAAACUUAGUCAACAAAAACAAAAUCAAAACAAUGAACAAGAGCCGGAACACAAUAAUAGAGAAAAUAAUGGUGAAGAACACGAUGAUGAAGAAGACAUGAAUAACGAACCGGAUAAUAAUGAUAACAAAAAAGAUGCCGAGAACAAUGAACAAGACUCAAAAUCGAAUGUAAAUAAGAACGUAGGAGAACAUGAUGACGAUGAAGAAGAAGAAGCAGCCGAGAACAAUGAGCAAGACUCAAAAUCGAAUGUAGAUAAGAACGAAGAAGAACAUGAUGAUGAAGAAGAUUUCAAUAAAGAAUUUAAAACUAAUAAUGCUGAAAAAAAUCAACCAAAUAGCGAACAAGACAUGAAUAAUAAUAAUGAUGGAGAUAAUGCAGAAGUGCCUGUUAAAAAUACGAAUAACGACGAUGAUGAUAAUAACGAAUAG